AUGUCUGCAGCCCACAUGAUCUUCAUAUAUUUUACGUUGUUUUUUCAAGUUUCAACAGCGUCGCUGGUUGAUGGAGUGCUCGGAAAUGUACUUGGAGGCGGUGGAGGACAGACCGGUGGUGGUGGUGGCGGCGCUGUAGGCGGAGUUCUUGGUUCAGUUACCGGCGGAGGUGGAGGCGGAACUGGUGGCGGACUUCUUAGCGGAGUCGCCGGUACUGUACUUGGCGGAGUCACUGGUGGUGGUGGUGGACUACUUGGAGGUAUUACUGGAGGAGGGCAGACUAGUGGAAAUGGUGGAAGUGGGAAUAUUCUUAGCGUUUCCGUUGGUGUCCCAAUUCUUGACACUUUAAUAGCCUUGUUGACCGUGCUACUGCAACUCUUACAAGUAAUAUUUCCAUUGGCAGCUACGAUUGUUUAA